CCUUAGUCCUUACCAUUUUCUUUUCACUUUCUUUUCCUUACAAUUAAAAAAAAAAACUCAUUAUAAGUAGCUUCGUUGUAUUACGCACAAAUCACAACAUCAACUAAACCAUAUAUCAAAAUUUCGUUAGAUUAGAACUUUUAAAUUCAUUCAAAAGCCAUGAAGAAGAUCGAGUUAGGGCACCAUAGCGAAGCGGCUAAACCGGACUGCAUUAAAGCCCUCAUUGUCGAAUUCAUCACUACCUUUCUCUUUGUCUUCGCUGGUGUUGGAUCUGCCAUGGCCACUGACAGUUUAGUCGGAAACACAUUGGUGGGACUUUUCGCGGUCGCGGUGGCUCAUGCAUUCGUUGUGGCGGUAAUGAUAUCUGCGGGCCAUAUCUCCGGUGGCCACCUCAACCCCGCCGUCACCCUCGGUCUACUCUUGGGUGGCCACAUCAGCGUAUUCCGUGCAUUCCUUUAUUGGAUUGAUCAAUUGUUGGCCUCCUCCGCAGCAUGCUUCCUCCUCAGUUACCUCACCGGAGGAAUGGGAACUCCGGUUCACACAUUGGCAAGUGGAGUGAGUUACACGCAAGGGAUCAUAUGGGAGAUCAUCUUAACAUUUUCACUUCUCUUCACUGUCUACGCCACUAUUGUGGAUCCGAAGAAAGGAUCCCUUGAUGGGUUCGGCCCACUUCUCACAGGAUUUGUCGUUGGAGCCAACAUCCUUGCAGGAGGUGCCUUUUCUGGCGCCUCCAUGAACCCCGCCCGGUCUUUUGGUCCCGCUUUGGUCUCUGGAAACUGGACUGACCAUUGGGUAUAUUGGGUUGGACCGUUGAUCGGUGGUGGACUCGCCGGUUUCAUCUACGAGAAUGUCCUCAUUGACCGUCCACAUGUCCCAGUCGCUGACGACGAGCAACCAUUGUUGAAUUAAAUGUGUUUGAAACUGUGCUAUGCACGUCACAUACCCUAUUAGCUAAUCAUUAAUGUAUUAUUGAUCCCCAAAAAUCGUUUCAAUAAUGUAUUAUUGAUCCCAAAAAUUGUUUCUUUCUGUCCUCUAAGAUGUAUCUCUUUUAAGUUGGAACCUUAAUCUAUUAAUUCCAAUUAUUGAGAAUAAAACUUUCUGUUUACCACUUUUUCAUUUUUGAGAAUUUGUGAAGUUAAAAAAAUAUACAUAUUAUGAGAAUGUUUUAAACGGG